UGUCUCAAAAUAAAAAGUAGUUGCAAAGGGAGAGUAAACAGAAAAAACCCAAAUUGACAGACAGAGAGUGACAACGAUACCGUAGCAAAUGAGAAUGUAAAGAAGAGAGGAGAGGACAGAGUGGUAGUGGAGAGGUGAAUGAGGUGAUGAUGGCAAACCCUAGAAGAAACUCAUUAGCAAACACAAACAACAAUCAGAGCUCGAUCUUCGUGAACCAAACAUCAACACCAACACAUGCAAACUCAGCCUCCUCUCGUAUCAUUCACUUCCUCAAGAAGCCUCACGCUUUCCCUUUUCUUCUCUCAGUCUUCCUCUUCCUCACAUGGCUUUCUCUCAAACUUCAGCACACUAAUUCCCGCUUUUCGCCUCCAACUUUAGCUCGCGCCCAGCAGACUUUGAAUCACCAUGACCAUGAGGACGAUGCUAAGGCUGGUUUGGUCAGAUUCCCAUCUGGGUUUCCUUCCCCUCUUGCUAAAGACACCCGUGGUUGGAUGCUCGACCCCAUCUCUCUUGCCCUAACUCAUCACCUUUCGGGUGGAGCUGUGACUUGUGCUUCACUUCAUCUUGGGGAAAUUCGACCUGGUGCUUUAAGGGGAAAUCACAGACAUCAUACUUGUAAUGAGACACUUGUCAUUUGGGGUGCUAAAACAAAAUAUAGGUUGGAGAACAGCCAAGUAGUUGGUAAAGGUUACGCUGAAGUGAUAAUUGAUGCAGACGAGGUUGCUGUUGCAGCUAGCCCAAGCGGAACUGCCCAUGCUUUAGUAAAUGUGGAUCCAAUUCGAAGUUCAUACUUUAUAGGGUGCCAAGACAGUAUUGUGACUACUGUACUAGGGCAUUCCAAGAAAAAACCAUCCGGCUUGUCAUGGAAUUAUGCUGCAGCUUGUGAGAAGCUGGAAGAUAUCCAUGAAGCAUGCCGUGGAGGAGUUGUCCAGAGUCUUCAUUGCAAAACCAUCCAUGUACCAAAUUUUGCUGUUCAAUACCAAAGAAUUUGUGGCAUCAGUUCGUGCUGUCUCUCUAAUUUGUUUAAACCAAUUUUGCUGAUAGAACAUUAGCCUCUGAGCAGAUAGGCAUUAGAAUAUGAUAGUAUCAAAGCCCAAAUAUUGUAGUUUUGCUGUAUGUUCAAAAGGAAAUUUUGAUGGAAUCAAAAGUUUGUGCAUUUCUCUUUUAAA